AUGAGAAACAAGAGUUAUGUUCAUCAUAUGCAAGAGGACACGGUACUUGAGAUUCUCUUGAGGCUGUCUGUCAAAUCAUUAUUGCGGUUUAAAUGUGUGUGUAGAUAUUGGCGCGACCUUAUCAAAAACUCCAAUUUCAUUAGCAAGCACCUCCAUCACCAAAACCGCAAGGCCUAUCUCCUCAUUCAACGGUACCACUAUAGCACCAGUAGAUAUGCUUUAGCUCUAUUGCGUCUUCAAAUGCUUACCAACAUGCCUAUUGUUUAUCAUGAUAUUGAGGAUCCUCAUACGCCCAAACGUCCAUCUGUUAUUGACUCAUUUAACGGUAUACUGUGUAUUUGUGAUGGGUGUCAAAUAGCAUUGUGGAACCCCACUACAAGAGAAUUUAAACCUCUCCCGGUAUCCGAUCCCGUCCUCCCACCCUAUACCAAGGCUUACAAUAAUCAUUAUGGAUUUGGGUUAGACCUAGUAACCAAUAACUACAAGGUGAUCUGGAUUCAGUAUCUUUGGGAUGAAAAAACUGAUUGCCCAUAUGAUCAUGCAGUUGUUUCAGUGUAUAACCUAGGUAUUGAUUCUUGGAAACUAGUUGAAGCUGAUUUAUGCCCCGAUGAUUACAUACAAGAGACUUUAGGCAACACAUGCAUAAAUGGACGUUAUUACUGGCUAAUUAAGGGAAAUGAUAAUAACUAUUUGGUCCUUUCGUUUGACAUGGAAAACGAGGCUUUUCAAAGGAUAUUGGCACCACUAGAAAUUAAUAAUUCACAAUUUGGCGCUCUUGCCUUGUACAAUGAAUCUAUUGCUCUGCUGCUUUAUGAUCCUCGUGAGGUAGAGAAGCAAGUUGACAUAUGGAUGAUGAUAGAGGAAGGAUAUUGGACCGAACAAUUAAUUAUCGGACCCUUAUCAAAUGUCGAUAGACUGCUUGGUUGCUCAAAAAAUGGAAAGUUCAUUUUCGAUAAUGACACUUCACAGUUGGUGAUUUACAGCCCUAACACCCAAGAAAUUAAGUACUUUGAACCUGGCGGAGAUAACUAUAGCCUUGAGGUUUUUGUAUAUGAGGAGAGCCUAGCUUCAGUUAAAGGAGAAAACCAAUUUUGGGAAGGACAUAAUACACUAUGGUCGGAGUUCAACUGCUUUUCACGUUCCAUCAGCCUCUCGUAG